UUAACUCUUCUAGGGGUUUUGCAUUAUGGUGGAAAGCGGGUAUUAGUAUUAGUGUUUUAAGUAGGGAUAGCUACUAUAUGGAUUGUAGUAUUGAUAUGGGUAGGAAGUUCUUUUGCACUUUCGUUCAUGCACCCUCUACCGCUGCCAGUAGAAGGGAAUUUUGGGAGCAACUAAGCUCUCUUCGGAGUAGUAGGGAGGACCACUGGGUUAUUGUAGGGGACUUUAAUGCUGCCAUCUAUGAAAGUGAGAAGGAGGGGAGAUGCCCUCUUAGGUACGAGAAUGUUGAACCUUUUAAAAGGUUCAUUUUCAACAAUGCUCUUAUCGACCUUGGGUUUAAAGGAGAACCCUUCACUUGGACCAAUAAGCGUAUUGGCGAGAAUACAACGAGAGUCCGGUUGGAUCGAGUGUUGUGCUCGACCUCGUUGAGAAUCCUAUUCGGGGAUGCAACUGUUUUCCAUGAAAAGAUGGUGGAGUCAGAUCAUUGCCCAAUCAGGCUAGAGCUCUGUUAUAGAGGGAAUAGAAGGAGGAAAACACCCUUCAGAGUUGAUGAAAGAUGGUUGGAAAAGGAUGAAUGCAAGGAGAUUGUGGUCCGAGCUUGGGACCCAGGAGGGCAAUCAUCUAACCAGCUGGCCAAAUGCGAAAGAGAUCUUAAAGAAUGGUCAAAGGACUUCCAUAGGAACAGUAUUCAGAGGGAGAAGGAAAUACUGGAUCGACUUGAUAUUCUCCAACGGCCUCCAAGAACCCAGGAAAGGGUGGAGGAAGAAAAAAGUCUCACUGAAGAGCUGGCAAAGAUGUGGAGGGAGGAGGAGGCGUUCUGGAACCAGUGCUCAAGAGUGAAAUGGCUUCAGAAAGGGGACCAGAAUAGCUCUUUUUUCCACUCUAGCACGAUCCAAAGGAAGCAUAGGAAUAGAAUUCAUAGACUCAAGGAUGAAAGAGGCGAGUGGGUGGAGGAUGACAAUAGGCUCAGAGGUUUAGCCCAGGAUUUCCAUAAAGAUCUAUUUAGAGCUAGAGACCAUACCCCCUUUUCCCAUUUGCUGGAUGGUUUCCCAGAAAAGGUCACAGCUGAGAUGAAUGCUGAUCUUUGUGCCCCAGUGACCAGUGAGGAAAUUAGGAAAGCGGUUUUUUCUCUGGGAGCGAAAAAGGCUCCAGGCCCAGAUGGAUUUUCUGGCAGGUUCUACCGAAGAUUCUGGGACAUUAUUGGGGAAACGGUGUGUAGAGAGGUUAAAGAGUUUUUUGAAACAGCCGAUAUGCCGAAUGGAUGGAAUGAGACACAUAUAGUCAUGAUCCCUAAAGUGGACCACCCAGAACUAAUUAGCCAGUUCCGACCCAUCAGUUGCUGUAACUUUAGAUAUAAAAUUAUAUCGAAGAUCAUGGCAAUCCGAUUGAAGAUCUGGACGCCUGAUCUGGUCUCAGAGCUCCAAACGGCCUUCACUGGGGGCCGGCUUAUCCAAGACAAUAUCAUCAUAGUCCACGAGGCUCUCCAUCACUUCAAAAACCACAAGCGGGGAAGGAGGAGGGACAUGAUGCUUAAAUUGGACAUGAAGAAGGCGUAUGAUAUGGUGGACUGGGAUUGCUUGGAAACUCUCCUGAAGAAAUAUGGGUUUGAUGACCGAUGGUGCAGAUGGGUUAGCUCUUGUAUUCGGACGGUCAGGUUCUCCAUCCUUUUCAAUGGUGAAGCAGCAGAGGAGUUCAAUCCGUCAAGGGGAAUCAGACAGGGAGACCCACUCUCUCCCUUCCUUUUCAUAUUGAUGUCAAAUGCACUCACCUUCCUGAUUGACAAAGCGGUUUCCCAGAACCAGCUCAAAGGUAUUAGGUUGAAUGCGAGAUGCCCGAUUCUCACCCAUUGUUUGUUUGCAGAUGAUACGGUGAUUUUCGGAAAGGCUGAACAUCAAGAAGCGAAGAAAAUACUGGACCUUAUAAGAGAGUAUGGAGCCAUCACGGGCCAAGAAGUGAAUAUCAACAAGUCGUCCAUUUUCUUCAGUGCGAAUGUGCCCGAUGCGGACAAAGCUGCAAUCAUUGCUCACAUCGGUUUUGCCUCCUCUAACUGCCACUCCAAGUACUUAGGAGUGCCAACAGAAUGGGGGAAUUCAAAGAAGGAAACGUUCCAAUUCCUGAUCCAGAGAAUGGAGAAAAUGGGGGAAGCAUGGAAAAGCCUCCUCCUAAGUCAUGGAGGGAAAGAAGUGUUGCUCAAAGCUGUCAUUCAAGCGAUCCCCUCCUACAUCAUGUACCUCUUUAAUCUCCCGGUGAACCUGACAAAGAAGAUGGACUCCCUCCUCACCAACUUCUUCUGGUCAGGGUCAAUGCAGAAAAGCACAAUGCACUGGUGUAGGAAGGAAAUCCUUUGUGCUCCAAAAUCAGAAGGAGGAUUGGGUUUUCGAAGCUUCAAAGAUUUCAACAUGGCCUUAUUGGCGAAACAAGCGUGGAGAAUCCUUAGCUCCCCGGAGGCCCUUUGGUGUAGACUCCUCAAGGGCCUUUACUUUCCAAGAGGAGGAUUCAUGCAAUCGAAAAAAGGAAGUAGGUCCUCUUGGAUCUGGGCGAGUCUGUGGGAGGCUAAGAAAGUUAUCAACCUGGGAGCAAUCAGAGUCAUCGGAUCAGGAGAGGAUACUUGGGUUGGUCAAGAUCCAUGGAUUCCGAGCCUUCAUAAUUUUGUCAUCGGAAGCGGCCCCCAACAGAACCUGAGGGUAAAGGAAUGGAUCGACCCGGUCAGUAGGAACUGGAACUCGGAUCUGAUUCAAGGGCAUGUGACAAGAGAAGAAGAGGAGGCAAUUCUUAAAGUCCCAAUUGGGGAGGAGGGAACUGAUGAUUUCUGGGCGUGGAGUCUUACCCGGGAGGGAGAUUUCUCAGUCAGGACGGCCUACCACGCUGUUCAUAAAGCCAACACUGAUUUCCACUCGACCGGAAGUGAAGAGAAGUGGAAAUGGAUUUGGGGACUGAACAUCCCACCCAAACUUAAAUUCUUCAUUUGGAGAUGUUCCAGAAACGGGUUGGCAACGAAGGCAAGGCUCUUCCAAAGGAAAUGUGCUCCUAAUCCGAAUUGCCAAGUGUGUCAUAACCCUAGCGAGUCCCUCAACCACUGCCUUUUCUAUUGCCCUCAUGCAAGAGAAGCAUGGAAUAGCAUCUUCCCAUCCCUUCCGAUUCCUCCUCAAGGCACAUCUUUCUUUGAUUGGUUCUGCUCCCUCAAAGAUGGUAUCCCUCAAAACUCCCUGAUUCAUAUCAUCUUCCUUUGUUGGAACAUCUGGAAGGCAAGGAACGAGAGCACCUUCAAGAAUAGAACCCCCUGGCCCCCAAAUGUUUGUCUGCAAGCCUAUAGAGAACUUACGGAAUGGAGUGCUUGUCCGAGGCCCCCACCUCAAGAUUCUGAUGGUCCCACUCAGCUCAGGGGAUCCCAUCCUACUACGAAUCCCCCGCCAAGUAAUCACUCGAUAGUGAUUCAAUGUGAUGGGUCGUUUUUUAGCGACCCCCAGUCGGCGGCUUAUGGUGUUGUUGUUGUUAACCACCAUGGACAAGUGUGUGAUGGGAGAGCUGAAAAUCUUCUUUGUUCCACCCCGAUUGAAGCGGAAGCAAAAGCUAUGUUGGAAGGAAUUAAAUUAGCACAAGAAUAUGGAUCGGUCUGUACAGUGCAAUCUGACUGUCAAGUGCUGGUAAAGGCCCUGAAUCAAAAUCAGACGCGAUGGCCCUGGAGGUGUGCAGCAUGGAUUAGAACAAUGAUCAAUAUCCUUAGGACUAACCCUGCAAUUUCGGUGAAAGAGGUGCCGAGGGCUUUGAACGUCAGAGCUGAUUGGGUUGCACGAUCAAAAGCUAAAUCUUUGUUACCAGAUGACUGGAUUAAUAUUCUUGAUCUAAUUUAUGUUCUCCUAUAAGGAGUGUAUUUGCCUUCUUUCAUGUUUCUCUCUUAUGGUGGAAUAAAAGUUGGUAUUAAUU